AUGAGAUUGGUGCAGCUGAAAGGAAAGGUUGAUGGCGGUUGGUCGAAAUGGGGAUUCUGGAGUCCCUGUACAAAGACAUGUGCAGGCGGCACACAUUAUCAAGAGAGAACCUGUUCUGACCCGCCCCCAGCAAAUGGCGGGAAACAGUGUACUGGUCCACAGCGUCAGACAGGCACGUGUAACACACAUGCGUGUCCUACAACACCACCCCCGACAACCACUACUACAGCAUUGACCACACCCACCCCAACGACGCCAUCACCAGGUUGUGGCGUUGUGCCAGCAGAUAUUGUCUUCAUCCUUGACUCGUCAGGGAGCGUUGGAUCAGCAAACUACCAGAAAAUGUUACAAUUCGUUCAAAACAUGGUCCAAGGAUUUACCAUUGGCCCGAAUGAGACAGAGAUUGCAGUCGUUACUUUCAGUAACAAACCGAAACUUGAGUUUCACUUGAAUAAAUACCACGACAAGCAGUCAAUUGUAAACGCUAUAUCCAAUAUCGGAUAUGUAGCCGGAGGAACGAAUACUGCUGACGCGCUGAAGUACGCUAGAGAGACCAGUUUUACCACUGCUAACGGAAAAAGACCAAACGCCGCCCAAAUUGCAAUUGUUAUUACAGAUGGUAUGUCUAACAGUGCUGGAGCCACAGCCACCGAGGCCGCGCAGCUUAGGGGUGAUGGAAUAACAGUUUUCUCCGUCGGCGUCGGCUCAGGACCAAAAACAACCGAGCUGAAUGCCAUGGCAACUGAUCCUGAUAACCAGCAUGUCUUUGUCGUCAAUAACUUUGAUGCUUUGACACAAAUUAAAGGGACACUUGCUCAAAAGGCCUGUGAAGUGUGUGGAGCCCAGGCUGAUAUCGUGUUCUUGUUGGAUUCGUCCGGCAGUGUGGGAAGAGCCAACUUCAACAAAAUGUUAAAAUUCGUCACAAGUGUGUCAAAUAGUUUCAAGAUCGGGCCACACGAUGUUCAAAUAGGCGUGGAUACCUUCCAAACUUCACACAAGACUGAAUUUACACUGAACGCACAUCUACAAAAGGCUGAUCUCGUUACGGCAGUGAACAGCAUUGCCUAUCAUAGCGGUUCAACUCAUACCGGAGAAGCUAUCCAAUAUCUUCAUAAUACCAGCUUCACGACAGCGGCAGGCCAUCGACCCAACGUUCCGAAAAUCGCCAUUGUGGUGACAGACGGAAACUCGAACAACAGGCAACUGACCGCAGCAGCAAGCUGA